AUGGCGAUCUAUUCCUCCUCUUCCAUCACCUCUCUGUCCAAAGCCCUAAAACCCUCCCCUCCAAAAACCCCAUUCCUCAAACUCCUCUCCAUCCCCUCCAAAACCCACCUCAAGCUGCCUCCAAAUCUCAAAUCAGCGCCACUUUCUCUCCUCUUCAACACCUACAUGGGCCACUUCCACAAACCCCAAAAAACCCAACCCACCCAAAUCAAAUCCCUCUUCACAGGCAUCGUCGAAGAAAUGGGCGAGAUCAAGCACGUGGGUUUCACCGAAGACGACAGUUUCAAUAUGACAAUCCAAGCAAAAACCAUUCUCGACGACGUCCACCUCGGUGACAGCAUUGCCGUGAACGGAACUUGCUUAACAGUCACAGAAUUCGAUACCCAGUUGUCCGAAUUUAAGGUUGGUUUGUCCCCGGAAACCUUAAGAAAAACAUCGUUGAUUGAAUUAGUACCUGGUAGUUUGGUGAAUUUGGAGAGAGCUUUGAAGCCCAGUACGCGAAUGGGUGGGCAUUUUGUGCAGGGACAUGUGGAUGGGACUGGGGAGAUCGUGGGGACUAAGGUAGAGGGCGAUUCAUUGUGGGUUAAGGUUAGGACUAAUGAAGAGUUGUUGAAGUAUAUUGUGCCUAAAGGGUUUAUUGCGGUGGAUGGGACUAGUUUGACUGUGGUGGAUGUGUUUGAUGAAGAAAUGUGCUUUAAUUUUAUGCUGGUGGCUUAUACGCAGCAGAAUGUGGUGAUUCCUUUGAAAAAAGUUGGGCAGAAGGUGAAUUUGGAGGUGGAUAUACUUGGGAAAUAUGUGGAGAGGCUUUUAAGCAGUGGAUUGAAGCAAGAUGCACACAGGCUGACAAUUGUGAAGGAGGUUCUGAUGUAG